AUGCUCCGCUCUUUCUUGACGUCCCCGUGGUCCGAAGCUCCUCUCGUCCUAAAUCUCCGAGAGAUGAAGGAGAACGAGGCUCCUGCACAGCCUCUUCAUCUCUUCCACCAGAAUAUGCAAAUGGCAGGUUCCGUCAGCGUGGCGCCGAUUGCAGAGAACGUGGAUGAGCUAGAAGGAGGGACUGGGAGCAAUGAGCUCGUACAGGAGCAAAAUGAAAGAUCUGGAAAAGUGUUGACCACGCUCGGGACGGAAAAAGGUGUGGGCGCUUCGUCGAACAGUCUUGAGGAGGCGCUGGGCUCUAGAGGAAUGACAGACCUCUUUGCUAGUGCUACGCCGUCAACGUUAGCCCCAACAACAACAUUUGUUUCCUUGCACUCGGUCGAUUUACAAGUUUACGGAACAUUAAACGCUUGGUCUAUUCCGCCACGGCAGAACGACGAGAGUUUGCUACCCGAAAAUAAGGAAGGAACUGACAAAGAAGCAUGGAAGGUCAAGGAUUUUGUCGGGAACGAAGCUACGGAGACACCCAAGAUAUCGCUGCCAAUCGACGAGUCCAGACCACAUGUGCGGCGCUCACAGGAAUUUACUGAUGCUUUAAACCUUGUCUAUUCGCUUGAGUUGAGUGCGGCCGGUCCUGGUACAGGUGCCAAAAACGCCGCACUUGUUACCGGAUUACGUGAUGGUGCAUCAGAUCGCGAUCUGUGGAAGAUUGAGGAUUACGAGCAUCAAAUUAGUCGCUUAGAAGGGAUUAAGCGGGAAGCCAAUGAAGAGUCUGAGCGUUUAAAGGAACUCGUCAGUGCAACAGGCAAGCUUAUUCUGGAAGAAAGAUACAGCUUGGAAGACGUUCGCGCGGCCAGUACAAUUGAUUUACGCUUCCAUGAACCGCGCCGGGUCCGGAACAAUUUGAAAUGUAUGGGAUGGCGCCAAACUGGACAAUGUAGCUCGUACGGCAAACGUGAACCAAGCUCUGACAGUGAUUGCACGCAACUUGUCCAUGCUGGUGUUUCUGGAUAUUGUGAGGUGAUGGACGAAGAUACCGGCGAAUCUUUCCGCGUCAUGCAACUCAACUGUUCCAGUUUGCUUGACCGUGUUGCGUUUUCAUGUGCAGAUGCUACCGAUUUUGCUAUUUUGGACUCAUGGCUCAGAAUGUUUACGAGAAUGCUUUGGCUCAAAAUACAUCGGAUCCAUCGAAGCUAUUGGGAAACAGUGGCACCGGCGAUGGCAUUGUCAUUGUGGUGUACCCGAAACUUGUAG